AUGAAAGACACGACGGAGCAGUCCGUCGACGCCAGCGCCUACGCUCGACAAUUCGCCGCCGCCCAAGGAAAUCAGAUCCUCCAAACAGCUCUCGCAGCUACUUCCUCAGCGGCGGCAGCAGCAGCCGUGGACAGCAGCGCUUCGUCUCUCUACCAGACUACGGCGAUGACCACUCCCGAUUAUGCCUCAGUGAUGCCCACGUACUCUUAUCCACUCAAUUAUCAAACGUAUCAGAACUCAGCCCUAAACAGCAGCCUCUCCGCCUAUAGUCCGUAUCAACAAUAUGCGAACUCAGCUGCAGUAAAUAUGAAUGCUUAUGGAAGCUUUAUGGCUGGAGGUGCUGUUAGCUCGUUAACAGCGACCGCAUCCUCAUCAACUGCUUCUCCGACGAGUGGCGGUGGUGGCGGACGCGGAAACUCGUACGGUGGUGGAGAGCAAUCGCUAACACUACAAGAAUUGCAAAAGAUUCGCCGAAACGGUGGCUACGGUCAUGCAAAACCGCCAUAUUCCUACAUUUCGUUGAUCACGAUGGCCAUUCAGCGAUCCGAGAUGAAAAUGAUGACACUAUCCGAGAUUUACAAUUGGAUCAUGGAACUCUUCCCGUACUAUCGGCAGAACCAGCAAAGAUGGCAAAACUCAAUCCGUCACUCACUUUCCUUCAAUGAUUGCUUUGUAAAAGUGCCGAGAACCCCGGACAAGCCAGGGAAAGGCUCUUUCUGGACUCUGCACGAGUUAUGCGGGAAUAUGUUUGAGAAUGGAUGCUUUUUACGACGACAAAAACGUUUCAAGGUUCACGACAAGGAGAGAAGUGGGAAAAAGAGAUCGAGAAACAAUAACAAUAAUGCGUCAAAUGCGGCGAUUCGUGAAGCAGCUCAACAACAAUUGCAAGCUAAUGGUUUAGUGAUGGCUGCUGCACAAAUAAAGGAAGAAUUCGAUCAAAAUGAUCUGAACUCAUCCGGCGAAAAGACAAGUGACAGUGGCAUUGAUCUCAAAUCACCCACACCCCUACAAUCCGUUCUUGCUAUGGCCACUCAACAUCACCAACAACAACAACAAUUGAAUGGAGAUUUGGGAAUGAAAUCGGUCACUCUUGACUCGCUGGCCACCACAGAAGCUCAAUCAAAUGACUCGUCGACGAUUGUCAAUCAAUUCACUGCCUCCACUUUACCACUUUCAUCCACUUCAAGUCUCAGUCAACCACAAGCCACUUCAGUGAUCAGCUCAGUUGGCAGUCUUGGAGCGAACGUAAACCCCUACCAACAGUACAGCACUUUGAUGGGCUGUGGACAGGAUUUCACCUCUUCCGCUUUACCGAAUCCCUCGUUUUUGAUAGGCAAUUUGAUGGAACCCGGCCGGACACUCGACUACUCGAUGUACAAUCAAAUCUACCAGAGCACAGGCAUCCCCCAGGACACUUACAAUACCUAUCAACACACUUUAUAUUCAUCAACAAAUGGCUCUGCAGCAAAUCUG